AGUCUCUUAAUUGAGAUCACCAUGGAACUAUCCAUAUACUAGUUUUGCUCAACUGCUAGUAUUCUGGUACCCAUACCAUUCGAAUGAAGAUCCUACUCGUGCCUCUAGCACUCAUGUGCCAGCAAGCCAUCCACGGCAAACGAUUCAACUCUUUAGUUGUGAUGAUAUGAUAUUGGCGACGCCAUGAUGACUGCUUUUGGUUUAAAACAACUCAAUUAUUUUGAUCGAUGCCCUAGAAAUGUCUCAUCAGGUACCCAUGCCGUUCGAAUGAAGAUCCUACUCGUGCCUCUAGCACUCAUGUGCCAGCAAGCCAUCUACGGCAAACGAUACAACUCUUUAGUUGGUCCUUACGUGGCUUACGGAGAACUCUUUUACUCGUGUGACCCAAACAACACCACGCUUCCCUGGAACUGGCAUUUGCGUGCUUCCCACUUCAACCCAUAUAAACCAAAAGAGUUGCAACUUGUGACGGGCAAUGUGACUGGUGUAAAUGUAGCUAUUGAUGACAGCUGCUGGGCAAAAGUAGUUGUGGAUCUCUGGUCAAACAACCAAUGGAAAGAGAACGCCUUUAUCUUUUACUUCAAAAACGGUGCAUGUCACGCUCUUACGGAUAAUAUGCCAGGAUUUUAUGAGCAGUUCUUUAAGACGCAAAUGAUGCAAGAAAAUAAAGGCAGGUGCAUAGUCAAACCAGGAGUUUACAAGGUUAAUAACACGCCAGUAGACUGGACUUUUCCAAGGGUCCCAAUCAUUCCUUAUGGGCGCUAUAGAUUCAGACUCUCGGCGGGCAAAGCUGAAAACGUUUACGGAUGCGUGAUGGCAGAUGCUAGAACUGUUCCAAAACCCGAGUAGGGUUCAUUAUUUCAUUGCUGUAUACAUUACAGAAUACCUCGUAGCUUUUGCGCGCGGGGUCCAAAUAUCUCAAUGCACUUAGCUUUACAACAACUGUCAUUGUUAAUCUGACCAAGUCUGAAUGGACGCCAAAAUCACUAUGCUGCAAAAGUACCACCCAGGAGCUCUUGCUCUUGGGACAC